GGAGGGGGUAAAGCCCUGGCUUUCCUCCCCCAACAACUCGGCCAAAUUCAAAGCAAAGCCGCCAUUACUGCUCCUCUUCCAUUCCACUGGGGACGUACGAGCUCCGCGCAUCCCUUCCAUUCCAUUACUGACCUUGGCUGCUGCGGCUGCAGUGCAGAGGGGGUUUGGUGGUGCGGUUGAUUUGAGCAAUAAAUUCUCUAGGGGGGAGGGAGGUAUCGGUCAUGGCUGCCGCUGCUGCAAGGAGGGGCUCAUCGCUGCUCUCUCGCUGCCUGCUGUCCAGGCCCGCCGCCGCCGCCUCGCCUGCUGUCCCCUCUGCGCUCCGCAGGGCAGAUGGGACACAAGGAUUGUUGCCGGGAAUCCUUCAGAGGUUCAGCACUGCAGCAGUAGCAGAGGAGCCCAUAUCACCCCCAGUCCAAGUGAACUACACUCAGCUCCUCAUUGAUGGAAAAUUCGUUGAUUCAGCAUCUGGCAAAACUUUCCCAACUCUGGACCCUCGUACCGGGGAGCUGAUUGCCCAUGUGGCUGAAGGCGAUGCGGAGGAUAUUAACCGUGCGGUUCAUGCGGCCCGCAAGGCUUUCGAUGAAGGGCCAUGGCCAAAGAUGACUGCCUAUGAGAGAUCCCGGAUUCUGUUGCGGUUUGCUGACUUGAUUGAGAAGCACAACGAUGAAAUUGCUGCAUUGGAGACAUGGGACAACGGCAAGCCGUAUGCGCAAGCUGCCAACAUUGAAGUGCCAAUGGUGGCACGGCUGAUGCGGUACUAUGCUGGUUGGGCUGACAAGAUCCAUGGGCUUGUCGUGCCGGCUGACGGCCCACACCAUGUACAGGUGCUGCACGAGCCCAUUGGUGUCGCAGGUCAGAUCAUCCCAUGGAACUUUCCGCUUCUGAUGUUUGCGUGGAAAGUUGGCCCUGCUUUGGCUUGUGGAAACACUGUUGUGCUCAAGACGGCUGAGCAAACUCCUCUGUCUGCUCUAUUUGCUUCUAAGCUGUUGCAUGAGGCUGGACUCCCAGACGGUGUUGUUAACGUGGUAUCUGGUUUUGGACCUACUGCUGGUGCUGCUCUUGCUAGUCACAUGGAUGUCGAUAAGAUUGCAUUCACUGGAUCGACCGAUACUGGAAAAGUCGUCCUUGAGUUGGCUGCAAGGAGCAACCUUAAGUCAGUGACACUGGAGCUAGGAGGCAAGUCUCCUUUCAUCAUCAUGGAUGAUGCUGAUGUUGACCAUGCUGUUGAGCUUGCGCAUUUUGCACUGUUCUUUAACCAGGGACAAUGUUGCUGUGCUGGGUCUCGUACAUUUGUGCAUGAGCGUAUCUAUGAUGAGUUCGUGGAGAAGGCCAAGGCUCGUGCUCUCAAGCGUGUGGUUGGUGAUCCAUUCAAGAAUGGUGUUGAACAGGGCCCUCAGAUUGAUGACGAGCAAUUCAACAAGAUCUUGCGCUACAUCAAGUAUGGUGUUGACAGUGGAGCCAACCUUGUGACUGGUGGCGACAGAUUAGGUGACAAAGGUUACUACAUCCAGCCAACAAUUUUCUCGGAUGUACAGGAUAACAUGAGGAUUGCUCAAGAAGAGAUAUUUGGCCCUGUGCAGUCCAUUCUGAAGUUCAAUGAUCUGAACGAGGUCAUCAAGAGGGCAAAUGCAAGCCAGUACGGGCUGGCUGCUGGGGUCUUCACCAACAACCUGAACACGGCCAACACCCUGACCCGCGCGCUCAGGGUCGGGACCGUGUGGGUGAACUGCUUCGACGUCUUCGACGCCGCGAUCCCGUUCGGCGGAUACAAGCAGAGCGGCAUCGGGAGGGAGAAGGGCAUCGACAGCCUGAAGAACUACCUGCAGGUCAAGGCCGUCGUCACGCCGAUCAAGAACGCCGCGUGGUUGUAAACACAUAGAUGUUUGGACAUUUCAGAACUGGGGAAGAAAUAGGUAUAAUCUUAUGGACGGAUGCGAAAAUGGCGAUAAAUUAUGGCGAUAAGAUUAUGAUGAUGAUGAUGAAGAAGAAGAAGAGGAGGAGGAAGAACAGCUGAAAUAAGCUUGUCCUAGCAUGGGGCUGGCAUUGUCUCUAAUAAACCUUGUGGUUGGUGCUCAUGUUACUGAUGGAGUAUAUUGUAGAAGCAGAUUUAUGUUCAUUAUGAAAUAUAUAUCGCUUGUUUGGGAUAAUUCUACCGUUUGUGCUGCUCU